GCAACGCUUCUGUGCCGCUAGACCAAGUAGUUGUGCACCUUCCGCCAGCGUUCUGUAAUACCGGGAGAGCUGCACCAUGCUGAGCCAGCCAUCAUCGCCUGUCCCCAGAGAUAGACUCAUCUCACACAUGCCCAAGUGUUACACGGCGGAAGCGUGCCUGAACUACAAAACAAAUUUUGAUGCUCAGGUGAAGAAUGCGUGCCAGCAGCGCCAUGCUGGACUCUUCGGGUUGAAGAUGGCUAAAGUUGUAAUGGUGGGAGACCUGUAUGUGGGGAAAACCAGCCUGAUCAACAGGUUUUGCAAGAAUGUCUUCGACCGGGAUUACAAAGCUACAAUUGGUGUUGAUUUUGAGAUUGAGCGGUUUGAAAUCUUAGGCAUUCCGUUUAACCUCCAGAUAUGGGACACAGCUGGACAAGAGAAGUUCAAAUGCAUUGCUUCAGCAUAUUACAGAGGAGCACAAGUGAUUAUUACUGCUUUUGAUUUGGGUGACAUCCAGACCCUGGAGCACACUAGGCACUGGCUUCAGGAUGCUCUUAAAGAAAAUGAACCUGACUCGUGCUCUGUAUACCUUGUUGGGACUAAAAAAGACACAUUGUCAGAUGCUGAGUGUGAACGGACAGAGCGAGAUGCUUUGAAUUUUGCUGUGGAGAUGAAUGCAGAAUAUUGGUCUGUCUCUGCCAAAACAGGUGAAGAAGUAAAGGAUUUCUUUUUUCGGGUGGCAGCUCUGGCCUUUGAAGAGUCCAUGAAAAGGGAGCUGGAGAAGAGCGGUCAUAUCACAGCACAGAUUGGAGCUGGUAGUCUUAUACAACUUGAAGGAAAUUUACCUGAGAAAAGGGACAAUGAAUCCCAGCCUAACAUGAACUGUUGUUAGAUUAUGCCUAAGGAACACACCACUUAAUACUCUGCAGCCUUUAUCGCCACUGGCAGUGUCCAGACAGCAGAGCAAACCACAUAAGUUUCCUUUAAAUGGUGACCAAACAAUGAAGCUCAUAUCCCAUCUUGGGCUUUUAGGGACAAUGACAAAACAUCUUGAAGCCUGGACUGCAUUAUCAAGUUGAGAUUUGUUUAGCCUACAGCAGAGCAAUAAUGUGCUCCUUGCAUCAGGACUGCUAACCACCAUCCCUGGCCAAUUUCUGCAUCAGCAAGCACAAAUGUAUAAUCUUACAUUAUGAAGCUUGAAUUUCUUUCUGA